ACCUAACGUUAAGUAUGUGCGCGAGAGAGAGGAAGAGCGACAGAGGAAGUGAUGGAGUGAUCACCAUCAUCAUCAUCAUCACCACCAUCAGAGGAGGAGUACCUGCCUCCUACUCUCAGACCAUCUCCAGUCACAGGAGCCUGAAGAAGAGUCAUGAUGUCUGAUUCCAGGGUGUCCUCUGUCAUCCAGGAGUGGGCGAGCCCGUUCCCAGGUCAGGCCCACACCAUGCACCCCGUCACCUCCGGCCAGGCCGAGUCGACCGGUCAGCUGGCUCAGAUGGAGAUGAUGCCAUACGGCCAGUCUCAGUUGAUGAUGAGGGAGGGCGGCGAGGACAGAGUGGCCGAGCAGAUGAUGGGAAUGUCGUACCUGUCGUACUCCUCAUCCUGUAUUGGCAACGCGCCGAGUGCUGCCAGCACCAACCAUCACCACCAGAGUCACGGCAACAAUGAGCAGGACUUCUCCCACUUCCUCCUGCCGACUCUGAGGGCCCCGCUGACCAAGAGAAGCCUCAGCAAGGACAGCGCAGAGUACCGGCUGAGACGCGAGAGGAACAACGUCGCCGUGAGGAAAAGCCGGGACAAGGCCCGCAGGAGGAUCCAGCUGACCCAGCAGAGGGCCAUGCAGCUGCAGGAGGAGAACCAGAAGCUGCAGAUGAGGAUAGGGCAGCUGACGCAGGAGCUGGACACUCUCAAACACAUCCUGUCACAGCGACACAUGCCAGGGUCUGAGGAGGGAGCGGCGGGGGAGUCCAGGAUCUGAGCACAGGUCAAAAACCACCAUACCCAUCAACAGCUAGGUCCCGGCAUCACAUCCAUCGUCAGGGUCUCUCACAGUCCAAAGGGUGUUAGUGUUUUAUGAAGCAGAAGAAAACAUGUAAUCAUUAAAAAGAGUCCUGUAGAGGAGUAGAAAUGCUAAAUGGAGCACUUUCUGUUAUAAUAAUAAAUAGAGUGGUUUAAUCAUAGUUUAAGAUUGUAAAACUGUGACGAGUGAAACCCUAACACACGGGCAGGACAGUAGUUUCGACCGAGGACACGAUGAAGACACCAUCCUCUCAGCCCUUCACCUCGUUCGAGGUCCAGAUGCUUAAAACUUAAACAUGGAGAAGUCUCAAGCUUGACAGUUACAUCUCUGCCUAGAUACAAAUGCCGAACAGUGAUCAGAAGAGUCGAUGUUUGUGACGAAAGAACAGCAUUUUAUGUUUAUGAAAUCAAAUCAAUAAAGUUAGCUUUUUCUGUCUCAAAAAAAAACAACCACAGGACCCCUGGGAAACUGGUAGAGACUCUGUUGCCGUAGACUGACUCGUUCUUUGAUUUAAGUUUAACAAAUGUUGCCUCAUCGUCUACCUGAUACUUUUGUCGUUGUCCGAAAUGAUUGUUGCCCAACAGAGUUUCACAACAACCUGUGGUUUGUAGGGGAUUCGAAAGAAAUCCAAGUGUCUUUCUCCGCAUAAUGCUCUAGGUGUGUGUGGGAUUAUUUGAAAAGAUUUUUGAAACUGUUUUAAAUCUUUAAGGAUUUCCCCUUUUUUUAUACAUGUGUGUUUAUAAAAAAAAAGUAUCGUAAUGCACUGUGAAAGCAAUACUGUAUCAUGUAUGUUCUUAAAUAAAUAAAUAAUUGCUCGUGCCUA